CGAGCACCUGGGGUGAACCUUCACAGGCCUCUACUCUCUUCAAGGAGCAGCAGAAAAUGAACAUGGCUCAGGGAUCCGUGUCAUUCGAGGACGUGACCAUGGAGCUCACCCGAGAGGAGUGGCAGCAGAUGGGCCCCGCAGAGCGGAACCUGUACAGGGAUGUGACGCUGGAGAACUACGGCCACCUUGUUGCAGUAGGGUGUUGCAUUACCAAACCCAAGGUAAUCCUCAAGUUGGAGCAAGGAGAAGAACCAUGGUCCCUAGAAGUCAAAUUCCUAAACGGGAAGUACCCAGGAUAUUAUAAAAUUGAUGACAACAUCAAAGAGAUCCAGGAAAAACAAAAGAAGCCUCUGUGUCAAGUAAUAUUCAUUGAUGACAAUGAUAAAACAUUGAGUAAAGAAGAACAGAUAAUUUUAGAAAGACCAUUAAAUCUGGGCAUAGCUCCAGGGUUUUCAGGAAAAAUGCCCUGUCAAUGUGACUUGUGUAGAAGGAAUUUGCCAGUUGCUUCUGAGUUAAUUAUAAGUGAAAGAAACUAUUCAAGAAAGAAGGUUGAUUACAUGAAUGUGUCUGAGAAAUUGCAGCUUGAUUUCAAGCAUGAGAAAACUCAUCCUGGAGAUAAAUCUUAUGAAUAUAAUAAAAAUAUGAAAGCUCAUAGUUAUAAGAAAGAUCAGUAUCAGAAAUUUCAAACUUUGGGGCAGUCUUUUGAAUAUAAUGAAUUUGGAAAAGUUUUAUAUGAUAAGACUGUGUAUAUUAGGCCAGAGACUUUUGUAACAAGAGAGAAGUCCUGUAAGGAUGAUGAAUUUAGGAUAAACUGUGAUAAAACCUUUUUACUUAACUACAUGAGAACUGACACAAGGGAAAAAUGUUCUGAUCUUAAUGAAUGUGGGAAAUCCUGUGACAAAGCCACCAUUGUGGAGUAUAAUAAAGUUCACAUCGCUAUGACACACCAUAAAUUUAAUGAAAGUGGGAUUGAUUUCAGUGAAAAGUUAUCCUUCAUUCAGUCUCAGAGAACUGUUUUAGAACAGAGUGCAUUGGAAAGCAGUAAAUGUGAAGAAAACUUUAGCCAGAGCUCAGCUCAUAUAGUAUGUCAGAAAACACAAACUGGAAGAGAUAAAUUCUGUGAAUAUAAUGGAUGCACAAAUACCUUCUACCAGAAAUUAGACCUUACAAUACAUGAAAGAACUCAUACAGAAGAGAAAUUCUGCUGUUCUGGUGAAUAUGGGAGAUGCAGGAAAUUCUUUCACCAGAAAGGACACCUCAUUUGGUAUCAGAGGACCCACUCAGGGGAGAAACAUCAAUAUGAAGAAUGUGGGAAAUCCUUUUGUACAAGUUCACACUCUAUUCAGCAUUCUGGAGCUUAUGUGGGAUUCAGACUUUAUGAAUGUAAUGAAUAUGGGAAAACUUUCUGCCAGAAGUCAAACCUUAGUGAACAUGUGAGAAUUCACACAAAGGAGAAAACUUAUGGUAACAAUGACUGUGGGAAAUCUUACAGGUCACCCCUUGUAGGACAUCAGAGAACAGAAACAAAGAUGAAUCUCUGUGAAGGCAGUGAAUGUGGGAAAACAUUCUUCAAGAUGGCAUGUCUCAAAGAACAAUGGAGAAUUCCCAUUGAGGAGAAACCUUAUGAAUGUAUUGAAUGUGGGAAAACUUUCUUCACAUCAUCACAUCUCAGAGCACAUCAGAGAAUUCACACAGGUGAUAAACCCUAUGAAUGUAUUCAAUGUGAGAAAACUUUCUGUCACAAGUCACACCUCAAUGCACAUCAGAGAAUCCACACAGGAGAGAAACCCUAUGAAUGUACUGAAUGUGGAAAAUCUUUUACCUGUAAUUCAGCCCUAAAAGCACAUCAGAGAAUUCACACAGGUAAGAAACUCUAUGAAUGUACUGACUGUGAGAAAACUUUUGCUCAUAUUUCAGCCCUCAGAGCACAUCAGAGAAUUCACACAGGGGAUAAACCUUAUGAAUGUAAGGAAUGUGGAAAGUCUUUUGCUCGUAUAUCUGUUCUCAGAGCACAUGAAAGAAUUCAUACCAGUGAGAAACCCUAUGGCUGUAAUGAAUGUGGGCAAUCUUUUACCUACAAUUCAGCUCUAAGAGCACAUCAGAGAAUUCACACAGGUAGGAAGCCCUAUGAAUGUAAUGAUUGUGAGAAAACUUUUACCCAUAAUUCAGCCCUCAGAGUACAUCAGAGGAUUCACACAGGGGAGAAACCUUAUGAGUGUAAUGAAUGUGAGAAAACCUUUGCCCGUAACUCAGCGCUUAGAGCACAUCAGAAAAUUCACACGGGGGAGAAACUCUACGAUUGUAAUGAAUGUGGGAAAACUUUUUCUCAAAAGACACACCUCAGUAAACAUCAUAGAAUUCACACAGGUGAAAAACCCUGUGAAUGUGGGAAAAUUUUCUCUCAGAAAUCAUAUCUCAGUGCACAUGAAACAAUUCACACAGGGGAAAAACCCUAUGAAUGUAACAUAUGCAGGAAAACUUUUGUCUAUAAGGCUGCCCUGAUAGUGCAUCAAAGAAUUCACACAGGGGAGAAGCCCUAUGAAUGUAACGAAUGUGGGAAGACUUUCUCCCAAAAAACACACCUCUGUACAUAUCAGAGAUCACAUAUUAGUGCACAUCAGAGAGUCCACACAGGGGAGAAACCCUAUGAAUGUAAAGAAUGUGUGAAAACUUUCUCCCAGAAGUCACACCUUAGGGCACACCAGAGGACUCACACAGGGGAGAAACCCUAUGAAUGUAAUGAGUGUGGAAAAACUUUCUCCCAGAAGUCACACCUUAGUGUACACCAGAGGACUCACACAGGGGAGAAACCCUAUGAAUGUAAUGAAUGUGGGAAAACUUUCUCUAAGAAGUCAAACGUUAGUGCACACCAGAGGACUCACACAGGGGAGAAACCCUAUGAAUGUAAUUUAUGUGGGAAACCAUUUGCCCUUAACUCAUCCCUUAAGGUGCAUCAGAGAAUUCACACAGGGCAGAAACCCUAUGAAUGUAAUGAAUGUCAGAAAACUUUCUCCCAGAAGUCACACCUUAGUGCACACCGGAGGACUCACACAGGGGAGGAACCCUAUGAGUGUAAUGAAUGUGGGAAAGGUUUUGCCCACUUUUCAACUCUCAGAGUACACCAGAGGAUUCACACAGGUGAGAAACCCUAUGAAUGUGGUGAAUGUAGGAACAUCUUUGUUCAUAAGGCAGCUCUUAGAGUACAUCACAUCAGAAUGCAUACCAGAGAGAAAACCCUAACAUCAUGA